UUCGCUACGGACCCAUAGGCCAUCGGACACGGAGUUCCGAUGAUUUCAAAUCUCCCGCAAAAAUUGAAAACUCGCACUUUACGGGCACCUAACGCCAUCUAGCCUAAGCUUGGCCAACUAACUUUCCACUCUCAUCUUUCUUUGUUUACAUUUCGCCCGCGGAGCCGCUCCCACGAGCGCACUUUGAACGGAAUGCGGUUUCGUUUUACGUGAGAAUGGCCGCCCGUCCCCGCCGCGCGCUGCGACAGCCGAUUGCUGUUGCAAGCACUUCGGCCGCUUCUAGCGAUGAUUUUUUCGAUCUUAGUAGUGAAGACGACUCGAGUGACGAUGUGGAAGCUUCAGAUUCGAGUUCGGACGAUGACACUCCAGAUCAGACGCCUCAGACUUCGACAAGUACUACCAGGGUCUCAACAACCUACGGCAAGGAUGUUUUGCCAAAUGCAGCACGCCGUAUGAGAUUUUCACCCACAAGACAGCCUGGUGCUCAUGUUGCAGCAGCGCUACGGAGUGACGUGCGUCGCUUCUCAAGGGCGCUUGAUUUUUUCCUUUUGUUUUUUACGACAGAAGUGAUCCAGAAGUUAUGUGACAACACAAACAAGUAUGCCUGGAUGCAUAUUUUGGACAGACAAACGUACGCUCGCCGGGACGGCUCCUGGGAAGAGGUAAUGCCACUUGAGAUGCUGAGGUUCAUCGGACUUAUCCUCUACAUGGGUGUUGUUGAUGUACCACGGCUCCACAUGUACUGGCGGACGACGGGAAUAUUUUCAGGCCUUCUCCCACCAAAUAUUAUGAAACGGGACCGAUUCUUUGCGUUGUUAUCUUUCCUAAGUGUAGGGGACCCGGAAGAUCUUGCGGCUGCAGCAUCUGAUGGGAAGACUUGGAGGGUGUCAUGGCUCCUGAGACACAUAAAUCUGCAGUCACGAAGUUUGUUUCAACCACGGCGCAACCUUGCGGUGGAUGAACGCAUGGUAAAAUCAAAAGCCAGGUCAGGAAUCAGGCAGUACAUUCGGGACAAAGUGACGAAAUUUGGAUAUAAGCUGUGGGUGCUGGCGGAUUCGAAUACCGGCUAUACAAUUAAUUUUUUUGUGUACACUGGAAAACGAGAGGUACCAGGACCCCACGGAUUAGCGUUUGACGUAGUGACUCGGCUCUGCACAGAGUAUCUCCAUCAGGGAUAUAAAAUUUUUAUGGAUAACUUUUAUACAUCGGCAAAACUUUUCGAACACCUCCUUGAGCACAAGACGCUUGCCUGCGGGACCACUCGCAAAGAUCGUCGGGGCUUCCCAAAAGAAUUGAAGGAUGCUACGUGGGAACGAAGGGCGCAGCGUGGGGACGUUCGCUGGAUUCGGGAAGGCAACAUCCUUUUCAUGCAAUGGAAGGAUCGACGUUCUGUGUGUCUGAUGAGCACGAUGCACACAGCAAAUAAGCAUGUUGUUGCAAAAAGGAGAGAGAAAAGGGGGGGCCAGUGGGUUGUGAAUACCAUAAAUAAGCCCCUCCUUGUUCAUGACUACAACACCGGAAUGCUCGGCGUGGAUAAAUCAGAUCAGAUAAUUGCCACGUACAACGUACUCAGAAAGUGCGUACGUUGGUGGAAAACCCUGUUUUUUCAUGCUGUGGACAUUGCAUGCGUAAACAGUUUUAUUUUGUUUCAGGAACACCAGAAAGAUAAUCCAAAUGUUGAAGAACUUUUCAGAAACAGGAACUUUGACCAAUUGGCGUUCAGGGAAGAACUGAUUCAACAGAUAUUUCAAUACGAUGAAGUUUCUCAAGGACACGCCCCUUUCUCACCCCCCUUCUCCCCUCUAGAUCCUGUUCGGCACCAGCCGAAAAGAAUGGAAAAGAGAAGGAACUGCAAGCUCUGCUACGAAAAAACAAAAACGCAAAACAGAACGAACGUAUUCUGCUCGACCUGCAAAAUUUACCUUUGCUUCCUGCCUUCCCGAGACUGUUUUGCCGAGUGGCACAGUCGUCGGAGCCAGUAGGUUGAUGGGCCGAAAGAAAUUGUUGACAUGCUGCACUGGAUUUGUGUUUAUACUAGAAUGAUAGCUAAGAGAACUAGUAACAAUUUGUAUAUUUCAGAUUUCUCAAAAUAAUUUUUUCACUCUCUACAUUCACCAUUUUAUGAAGUGCUUGUAUAACUUUUUGUACGUUUUUUGUUAUUUGACAAUUAAAUUUUCCAAUUCUGUAAGUCUCAUACCAAAGUGUUUUAUAUGUAUAAAAGGCCGAAUCAAUAAGCUACCAUUUCAUAUAUUGCAAUGCUAUAUGUGCCUUUUUU